ACACCAGAAAUACCCGACGCUGCGAAACAUGCGACUACCUUCGCCAAAGACUUAUAAUCUGGGUUUGGGCCACUACUGAAUACAUAGCAUAGCCGCGUUGCGCUUAUCGCUAUCCCGAACGCGCCAUCUCCCACUUCCCUCGGCCGCGCUUGCACCUUCACACAACGGCUGCUCUGCGCCUCGCCUGCCAGCUCACUGCUCACGCACCACAGCCUGCAGUCGCGACUCAAUGACCGAACAGUAAACGCACGCGCACCUUCUCCUCCGACUCUCUCCCUCGACGCGUGCGGCCUCGAUCGCGAGUCCACCCCACAUUCCCUAUUUUCGACCCCUCCAACGCCCAGGCCUCCCUUAGUUCGAACCUGUUACGCUGAGGCCGCACCUCCCGGUCCUCGCAGUCUCCCGACCCUCUCAACGACCGCUCCCCGCGCGAGGAAGCGGAAAGCGCGCCUCGGCGUGCCCUACACAUAAAGCAGGUACCAUGUCGUCGUCGUCGCAGGUCACCGAGUCAUGGAUAUCGUCCUUCUGCGGGCUGCUGGGCCAUGAAUACUUCGCCGAGGUAUCCGAAGACUUCAUCGAGGAUGACUUCAACCUUACCGGGCUGCAGUCGCAGGUGCCCAUGUACAAGGAAGCGCUGGAGAUGAUCCUGGACGUGGAGCCGGAAGACGAUGAUGACGAGGAAGAGGAAGAGGAGGAGGAUGAAGAAGACGAUGAGAUUCUUGGCGACGAGAGGCCAACGGCGUACAGGCGGGCCAGUGACCGAAGACACCUCCGGAUAGCUUCCGAUCUUAGUGUGAUAGAAAGCUCCGCCGAGCUGCUGUACGGUCUGAUACACCAGCGCUACAUAACUUCGCGACCGGGAAUCCAACAGAUGGCGGAGAAAUACGAGCUACAGCACUUUGGCACAUGCCCGCGCGUGCACUGUAACUCCACCAAAGUCCUGCCCGUUGGCCUGAACGACAGCCCCGGUCAUGAAACCGUCAAGCUGUUCUGCCCAUCUUGUCUUGACGUCUAUACCCCGCCCAACUCGCGCUUCCAGACCGUGGACGGCGCUUUCUUCGGCACCACAUUUCCAUCGCUCUUCUUUAUGACAUUCACGGAUCUCGAUAUUGGAAGUGGGAUCCGGAACAACCCUUCAAGCGCCGCACAGGCUCUCCUACAAAUACAGACCGAGACUGCGAAAGGCACCAAUACUACUCCUGCGAACGUUACAUCUAUAAACGGAGUCGCGCCACACAACCUGGCACCCGGGAUCGGCGCCGGUAACAUCUACGAACCCCGCAUUUACGGGUUCAGGGUGAGCGAGAGGGCGAAGUCAGGACCGAGGAUGAAAUGGUUGAGAAUGAAACCAGCAGACGUGACAGAACUAGACGAAACGAGGAGGUACUGGGAGAACCCUCCCGAUGAUGCGGAUCGACCACACGAUGAUGAUCUCAAUAUGGUGGACGUGGCAGAAGGCAAGUCGGUGGACAGCAGGAAGAAGAUAUCGGCGAGGAGGAAACGUACCAACGGCUCAGGCAAUGGAGGUGGGAGUCCUAUGGAUAUGAACGGUGUCGGCGCUGCAGGCUAGGCGAUUGCAGAGCCGUAUAUCGGGCAAUGGGGCAGAGAUGCAUCCCAGUACUGAGUGUCGGUGCGUGGCAGACGGCUGACGGUAGGAUGAGCAAUUAAAUGGGCUUACAUCAAGGGGCUUUGUCUAGAUGUACUUUUCCUGCUUCUACUUAUUCUACGACUUCUUUCUGCCUCCACAUAACGCCACGGCUGAUUGUCGUCUGUUAGGAGCUUAGGCUUUAUGAAUGGAUUUCGGAUUGAGCAAAAGAG